CAAUUAAUUCCUUUGCAUUUGGUUCUUCUUGAACAAUAGAUUCUUUGGAUUUUUGUGGAGCUAUUUCUUUGCUAGUCUCUUGAUUCUUAUUCAUAAACUGCUUCAUCAUCAGAUCAAACUUUUUAUUAAGCUCUUCAUUUCCCUUCUUGUUCUCUUCUUGCAGCUUCUUGUUAUCUUCUUGCAAUUUCUUGCUCUCUUCUUGCAGUUUCUUGCUCUCUUCAUGCAGCUUUUUGUUCUCUUUUAUUUGUUUAGCUAGCUCCUUCAUGAAUGUUUCGACCUUUUUGUUCAAGUCUUCAAUCUUCUUAUCUUUAUCAUCAAUAAUUUUCUUGUAAUUUUUUAAUUCAUCUUGAUGACGUUUAUCAGCCUCCGCAAGUUGAUUUCUGAGUUCAAGCAUAUCAUUUUCAUGCUUGGCUUUCAUGUCUUCAAUUAUUUUUUCAUAAGUGCCUUUUUGCUCUUUUAAUUCAUUUUCGUAUUUUUGUGUUUGUUCCUCCAUUUUUUUCUUCAGUUCUAGAUUUUGAGUGUUUAUCUUAUCGCUCAGCUCAACAUUUUCUUUUCUUAAUUGAGAGAUUUCAUUUUUGAAAAUGGCUUUCGUGGAAUCUUUGACUUUUUUUAUUUCUUGUUCAAAGCCAGCUUCAGCCUUCUUGCUGGCUUCUUCCGCUUUUUCGCGAGCUUUUUUCGCUUCUAUGAGGGCUUUUCCAGCUUUUUCUAGAUCUUUUGCAAAUUUUUCCUUUUCCUCUUUCAUUUUAUCCUCGAAUUCAUUAAUGCUAUUUCUUGUCUCUGGAUUUGAUGUAUUUUCUCUGUUAUUUAACUUCUGUGCUAGUUCCUCACUAGCUUUUUCAAGUCUUUUCUUCUCUUCAGCUAAUUCAUUUUUGAUACGCCUCUCAGUUUCUUCAAUUUCCUCGAGAUAGUGCAGCCUAGUUCUUAAAUCUCGGAUGGUUUUCUUUGAAAAAUUGAUCCUCCUUUCUUCCCAGAGCGUUUCAAAUUGUUUAGCAGUCCACCCUUUAUUUACAGAAACAACAGCUGUUCCUAGAGUGAAAACACUAGCAAUUGCAAGGCCGACAUCUUUAUCAACAUUGAUUCGAAACUUUUCACCGAUGUCAUCCCCAUCAAAUCCAUAAGGCAUUGAGUCGAAUUUAGUAUAGCCUUCAUAAUCAUCUUUAUCAUAAUUAGAGGAUUUAUAAUCUGGACUGUCAUAUUCAUCCAUUUCGCGUAUUAAAUCUAGAUUUCCUCUUACUUCUUCAAGUGAUAGAUUCUCUAUGCAACUUCCAAAUAGCGUAAUAGUGU